UUUUUUUAAACAACACACGCUGUCAUAUUUCGUUCUUUAAAACGCGCACAUUUUUUCACUGUGACACAUUUAUUUCGAUUAAAUUAUCGAAUAUUUUUUAUUCUUAUUGUUGUUGGUUAUGUUUUAAUAAAAACAAAAUCUGUCGGUUGACGUAUUUUGCAAUCAGUAAACAAGUAUGAUUUCAUUUAAUUAUAUUGGAUUGCUUCAGACAUAAGAAUUUUAACGUGAAUUAAAAUAAAUUGCACGCUCUGUUCAAAUAAAAUCGAGUUGAUUGAACGGAAGAAUUGUGCCACAUAUAAAGCAGCAGAGAGACCAACGUAUUCAGCUUGACAAGUAGAACACACUGUCAAUUGACAAUUGAAUUAAAAUUGUGUUUAAUGCAAAACGUGAAUUUCAUUUUUUUCUCAACUGAAGCUAAAAAAAGAAAUUAAUCAACUAUGGAAAUUGAAUUCGAUAUCAAUAGUGUAGAUAAAUUACCAGAUUGUAAAUACGAGUAUUUGGAUCACACAGCCGAUGUUCAAUUGCAUGCAUGGGGUAGCACACUUACAGAAGCAUUCGAACAGUGCGGCGUGGCGAUGUUUGCAUACAUGACAGAAAUCGAAACGGUCGAACUAAAGCAGUGUUUCAAAAUUACUGCGUCUGGUGAUGAUAUCGAAUCGCUUCUUUUUCAUUUCCUUGAUGAGUUGUUGUUUUUGUUUUCGGCCGAACCAUUUUUGGUGUGCGCCAAACUGGAAAUCAGUAAAUUGGAUUUGGUUGACUUUGAAAUCGAUUGCUUAUGCUAUGGUGAACCAUUCCAAUUAGGGAAGCAUCCGCAAGGCACUGAAGUUAAAGCAAUCACCUACUCAGCCAUGCAAGUUAUACAAAAGCCAACGAAAAAUGAAGUCUAUGUCAUCAUCGAUAUCUGAGCGGCAUCACCAUCACUUACCACUGUCUCUCGCAUCAGUUUGAAAGCAAUGAUAACGAUAAUAGCAACAACAAAGUCAGUGCACUUUGAAACUGUUUGUUAUUUGUACUUUUGAAAAAAGGUAAAUUAUGAUUUUUAAGCAAUAUUUAAACAUAAAGUUAGACUACUAAGACUAAGUCAUUUUAAAUAUCUGACCAACAAUCAGAAUGAUGCUCGAGAUAGAGAAAAUAUUUUUAUAUUCAAUAAAAUAUAUACUACUCUCGUACAAAACUUUAUAAAAUAUAUUAUAAUCACAACGAUAAUUGUGAAUUAUUCAGAUAACCAUAAUCAAAAUAUCUAAUAAAAAUGAUAUAACAACCAUAA